GCUACUCGACUCCUCAGGAAGGAUGAAAGAGACGGAUCCUGCAAAGUUAGCAAAGAUGGAAGGGGGAAGAUGGACAGUUGACUUGGUCAGGUUGUCUCCUGCAUCCCUCCUCUCAGCCUUUGAGCGCUCCCUCCCAGGGACCUCCAAGAGAUCUGCACCCUGCAACUUGUUUUGGCUCCUCAACUCCUCAGGAAGGAUGAAAGAGACGGAUCCUGCAAAGCUAGCGAGGAUGGAAGGGGGAAGAUGGACAGUUGACCUGCUCAGGUUGUCUCCUGCAUCCUUCCUCUCAACCUCUGAGCGAUUCCUCCAAGAGACCUCCAAGAUAUCUGAUGGUGAUGAAUUGGAAGGGAAGAACAAGGGGGAACACAACAGAAUCCAUAUAGCUGAGAAGUCAGAGUGUGGAGAGAACUUCGGUCAGAGCUCCCAGUCCACCUCCCAUCAAAGAAAGAGCUUCAUUCAGAGGGAUAGCCUCACUUCACACGAAAGAGCACAGAGUAGAGAGAAAUGGUAUCAGUGCAGAGAAUGUGGGAAGAGCUUCCGGGAGGGAGCUAAGCUCACUAUCCAUCAAAGAAUUCAUACAGGGGAGAAACCCUAUCAGUGCUGCGAAUGUGGAAAGAGCUUCAGUCAAAGCGCAAAUCUCACUUCCCAUCAAAGAAUUCAUACAGGGGAGAAACCCUAUCGGUGCCUCGAAUGUGGAAAGAGCUUUCGUUGGAGUGGUGAUCUCACGUCCCAUGAAAGAAUUCAUACAGGGCAGAAACCCUAUCAGUGCUUCGAAUGUGGAAAGAGCUUUAGUCACAGCCACAAUCUCACUUCCCAUCAAAGAAUUCAUACAGGGCAGAAACCCUAUCAGUGCUUCGAAUGUGGAAAGAGCUUUAGUCAAAGCACCCAUCUCACUUUGCAUCAAAGAAUUCAUACAGGGGAGAAACCCUAUCAGUGCUUCGAAUGUGGAAAGAGCUUUAGUCACCGCCACAAUCUCACUUCCCAUCAAAGAAUUCAUAUAGGGCAGAAACCCUAUCAGUGCUUUGAAUGUGGAAAGAGCUUUAGUCACAGCCACAAUCUCACUUCCCAUCAAAGAAUUCAUACAGGGCAGAAACCCUAUCAGUGCUUCGAAUGUGGAAAGAGCUUUAGUCAAAGCACCCAUCUCACUUUGCAUCAAAGAAUUCAUACAGGGGAGAAACCCUAUCAGUGCUUCGAAUGUGGAAAGAGCUUCAAUCGGAAAGAUAGUCUCACUUCCCAUCAAAGAAUUCAUUCAGGGCAGAAACCCUAUCAGUGCUUGGAAUGUGGAAAGAGCUUUAGUCAAAGCGCCCAUCUCACUUCCCAUCAAAGAAUUCAUUCAGGGCAGAAACCCUAUCAGUGCUUGGAAUGUGGAAAGAGCUUCAGUCACAGCCACAGUCUCACUUCCCAUCAAAGAAUUCAUACAGGGCAGAAACUCUAUCAGUGCUUCGAAUGUGGAAAGAGCUUCAGUCACAGCCACAGUCUCACUUCCCAUCAAAGAAUUCAUACAGGGGAGAAACCCUAUCAGUGCUAUGAAUGUGGAAAGAGCUUUAGUCACAGUGCCCAUCUCACUUCCCAUCAAAGAAUUCAUACAGGGCAGAAACCCUAUCAGUGCUUGGAAUGUGGAAAGAGCUUCAGGAACAGCUCCCAUCUCACUUUGCAUCAAAGAAUUCAUACAGGGCAGAAACCCUAUCAGUGCUUCGAAUGUGGAAAGAGCUUUUGUUACAGCCACAAUCUCCCUUCCCAUCAAAGAAUUCAUACAGAGGGAAAAACUAAAAAGAAAAAUCCUCCUCCAGAUCAGCUCAGAUCUCCAGCCCAGAGCCUCAAGGGAAGCCUCUCUGGGCAGGUGCAAGGGCUCUCCGUGGAGAAAAGGAGAGAGCGAGAGGGCUGA